AUGAAUGAAAUAGAGUUCUCGAUGAAGAUUAUGAAUACCAGUGACUCGUUGUCUGUGUUCCGGUCAAAAGGCGAGCGCCGGUACGAUAUCCAUAAGCAGCGACAGGUGGCCAACGCCAGGGAAAGGGAUCGCACGGAGUCCGUCAACACAGCAUUUACUGUCUUAAGAAGUCUUAUACCGACUGAUCCGCCCGACAGGAAACUGUCCAAAAUAGAGACCUUACGUUUGGCUGUUUCUUAUAUCCAACACUUGAAUAACGUUAAGAAUGCGCUGUAA